GUGGUAUUCACGGCUAGUAGCAACACUGCCUUAAUUAUCAGAUCUUAUUCAAGAAUCAAUUUAGGAACCGUUCAGGAUGUCGGACGCUAAGAAAAACCUUCAGCUGUUCUUCGAUCGUCCCACGGAGCCAUGCUUCAUGCAGAAAGGAGAGAAGAAGGCAGUGUUCCAACUGCCCGACACAUACUAUCCUGACAAGUACAAGUCCGCAAGCAGCACCUUAGCGGACCGGUUCGGCAGCGACGCGACACGCACCAUCCCCGUACGAAACAUUGCGAUGCCCAACCUGUCGCUACCCCUGCAGCUGCCUUACCACGACCAGUUCUCGCUGUGGGUGCCGCGCCACCGCCAGAUGGCAGCCAGGCUCAUCGACGUCUUCAUGGGCAUGCGGGACUUGGAAGACCUGCAAGCAGUAUGUUCCUACUGCCAGCUCCGCAUGAACCCCUACCUGUUCAACUACUGCCUUUCCGUCGCCAUCCUGCACAGAGAGGAUACGAAGGGUGUAAACAUCCCCACGUUUGCGGAAACCUUCCCUGACAAGUUCAUGGACCCCAAGGUGUUCAGACAGGCGCGUGAAGUGAGCACUACCGUCACGGAUGGAAAUAGGCAGAUGCCAAUAGUGAUCCCGCAGAACUACACGGCAUCCGAAUGGGAUCUCGAGCAGCGCGUGGCCUACUUCCGCGAGGACAUUGGCCUCAACCUGCACCACUGGCACUGGCACCUGGUCUACCCCUUCGACGCUUCCGAUAGAGCCAUCGUUGCCAAGGACAGGAGAGGGGAACUCUUCUACUACAUGCACCAACAGAUUAUCGCGAGAUACUCCGCGGAGCGUCUGUGCAACGACCUCGGGUUCCCAAGGCGCUACAAUAACUUCAGAGAGCCCAUCGAAGAGGGAUACUUCCCCAAGCUGGACUCGCAGGUGGCUAGCAGGGCAUGGCCCCCCAGGUUUGCCGGUUCCACCAUCCGAGACCUGGACCGUCCUGUGGACCAGAUCCGCAGCGAAGUGAGCGAGCUGGAGACCUGGCGUGAUCGUUUCGUCGAGGCCAUCAACACAUUGAAAGUGAAACUGCCGAACGGACGUGAGAUGGCGCUGGAUGAGGCGACCGGAAUCGACACGCUGGGCAACAUGAUGGAGUCGUCCAUCCUGAGCCCUAACCGGCAGUACUACGGCGACCUGCACAACAUGGGCCACGUGUUCAUCUCUUACUCACACGACCCCGACCACAGAAAUCUGGAACAAUUCGGCGUGAUGGGUGACUCUGCGACGGCCAUGCGCGACCCGGUGUUCUACCGCUGGCACGCGUAUGUCGAUGAUCUCUUCCAGAUGUACAAGAGCAAGCUGCCGCCCUAUACCAAUGACGCGCUGGACUUCCCCGGAAUCCGUGUGAUGUCUGUGGGCAUCCAGGGCGGUGCUGGCGGCCGUAAUGUGUUGUCCACGCAGUGGGAGCAGAGCUCUGUGGACCUGGGCCGCGGGCUGGACUUCACUCCGCGCGGCAGCGUGCUCGCGAGGUUCACCCACCUCACGCAUGAUAACUUCAACUAUGUAAUCGAGGUGAAUAACACGUCGGGGCGUGGCGUGAUGGGCACUGUUCGUAUCUUCCUGGCUCCUACCAUGGACGACGCUGGCAACCGGCUGGCCUUCAGGGACCAGAGAAGGCUCAUGAUCGAGCUUGACAAGUUCACCCAGACAAUUCCUGCUGGCACCAGCACCAUCACUCGCAGCUCGGUGGACUCGUCAGUGACAAUCCCGUACGAGCGCACGUUCAGGCGGCAGGCCGACCGACCAGGCGAGCCCGGCUCCGCUGAGGCUGCCGAUUUCGACUUCUGCGGCUGUGGUUGGCCUCAUCACUUGCUGGUGCCCAAAGGGACGCCAAAGGGCUUCCCCAUGCUACUGUUCUGUAUGAUUUCAAACUGGAACGAAGACAGGGUGGUGCAAGACACUGCGGGCGUCUGCAACGACGCGGCGUCUUACUGCGGCCUUCGGGACCGGAAGUAUCCCGACAAGCGUGCCAUGGGCUUCCCAUUCGACCGGCCAGCCUCCGCCAGCGACAUCGGGUCCUUCCUCACGCCUAACAUGAACGUGCAGGAGUGCUCCAUCCGGUUCACAAACGCUGUCAGGCAACAUGGCCAGCAGCGGUAGGUACGACGACACGUUGACAACAAUUUCACAGUACAUAUAUACGAUAAAGCAUGAUGGAAACUACGUACUAACGUUCGAAAUGACGUACGCACACAGACCCACGUAUCAACAUGGCCGAUAAGCGGACGUCGCAGUGCUGCCUCGUUGAGACAUCCAUGACGCCUGCUUUUGUGUGCGUGCGUUAUAUCUAACGUUUGUACGUAGUUUCCAUACUGCUUUAGCUGGUAUAUAUACUGUGACAACGUGAACGAAAAGGAAUUACAACCAGUAGCAACGGAAAUUAAAAAAAUGAAACAUUAUAAUUUAUAUUAUAUAAGAAACAUUAUAUAUUUAUAUGACCUAUCCAAGUUCUAAAGAUAAAAUAUUUGCAUAAUUGCAAUGGAAUAAAUAUCAAUAGUAUGCAUAUAAAUGUUCUCAAUCAAUAGAGACUAAAGAGUAUAGGAAAAAAUUCGAAAUAAAAUGGUAUUUGUGGUAGAUGGGCCGCUGGUCGAGUAGUAACGAUCCAGGGCAGGACGGAGGUCCAAGUAGAGGAUGUCCAAUGCGAAUGUAGAGAGAACUACACCGCCGCAGACAUAGACGCUCUCAUAAGAAAACCUUAUUAUUACAUUAAAUGCGACCAUAAACAACACAAUUUUUAAUAAUUUGUUGACAUUUUGCAGAAUAUUUUCCACUUUAUAUAUUAUCAGUGAUAACAAUCAUCAAUGGUUUCUUUGUUUAUUGUCUAUGACACCUGUCAAAUAGUGAUUAAAUAGGUGUCAUAGACUUCUAAUUGUAGGUAAUACACACUCUUUGUAACGUUCCAUGUAAGCAUGAUAAAAAUUUAAAUUUAUUCGCGUUCCAAAGUUAGACGUGGAGAUGUCUGAUAUAUACAACCAGCCUAGCGAAACUAUCUAAGAAAACAGCGAUUCACUGGAUUGUAUGAAACGUGCACUCAUUGAUAGAUGGACAGAUGACGGCUAUAAACUUGUAAAAAGCGGAGAAAGCCGAAAUCCACUACGUUUUAAGCAACUGUUUGCUUUCAAACUUAGCCGGAUUGUACUUCGUCGCCAAUCGCUAUACUGUAAUUACUACUAUUUCAAACUUAUGUCAAAUCACUGCACGUUUCAUACUAAAGUAAAUUUCAAUUUUUAUUUAGGAAGUCCCGCCUCUUAUUACGUAGUAUUUACAUCCUCUUUGUAUACAAUGACAUCACACAUUCAAUAUGUAAUAAUCAAUAUAUAUAUUCUCACUAUUAUCUCUAUGUUCUGUAUUUUAUAUAAAUAUGUUCCCUAUGAAGUUAAUACUGGUAAAUUGGCUUGUAUAACGGACUUUGAUAUGUUUCUAUUUUAGUAAUAGCUAGCCUAAUAAUAUAGUUUUAGUAAAACGGGUCAUUAGUUCUAACGGGUCAUUACUCUGUAAAUAUGUACAUAAUGUAAAUACUUCUUAUUCAUAAUUCUAAUUAAAUUAUGCCUUUCUA